AUGCAUCGAUCGAAAGAGUACCAAAGGAAUUCGCCGCAGGUCGCGCUGCUCCUCGCGGCGGGCGCGUCGGCGCUGAAGACGCCGUGCCCGCUCUACGCGCCGACGUCGCCGCGCGUCUGCACGCUCGCCAUGGGCUGAUUCUGGCACCCGCAGGGCUCCUUCGACGCCCUGGCGGGCGUCGAGAAGACCCUCGUGGGCUACACGGGCGGCGACGACUUCGAGCCGACGUACCAGCGCAUCGGCGACCACACGGAGGCCAUGCUCGUCGAGUUCGACGAGUCGCUCGCGUUCGAGGAUUUGCUGGUCAAGUUCUGGGAGGAGCACACGCCCAUGGUCGGGAGCCGCCAGUACCGAUCAGCGGUGUUCUUCCACGACGACGCGCAGCGGGACGCCGCGGAGUCCAUGAAGGCCGCGCUCAUCGCCGACGGCAAGAAAUGGGUCAAGAACACGGCCGUCGAGCCGGCCAAGGACUUCUGGCAGGCCGAGGAGUACCACCAAAAGUACCUCGCGAAGAUGCUCACGCCGCGGUACUACUCCGGCGAGGACCGAUACGCG